AUCCUUUGGCUUUGGACCAGUAGGCUGUAAGGAGCUUGCGGAAGCGACCAUCCUGACCCCUUUUCUUCACACUGCCCUAGCAGGGACCACUCAGCAGGAACAUGGCGCAUCAGCAACAUCACCUUCUGGUCCGGUGUCUUUCCCUGAUUCUGCUGGGUACUGCUGUGCAUGCACACACCGUGAGUAUUCAGCCCAACAAGCGGUUUGUGGAGCUUGGUUCUGCUUUCAACUUCAGCUGUUCCACAGAUUGCCCUGGAGCGAGGGUCACCUGGGUUACUUUAACAGAUGACAUCGACUUCACUACAACUGAAAUCAACCUAGGAAAUGUCCUCUCUGUUUCCUCUACACUUGAAUCUCAUGCUGGAUCUUAUACUUGUACAUCACGGUGCAAACAGUCAUCCAAGAGGGCCACUGCAACCUUAAAUGUUUUCUCCUUUCCUGACCCUGUGUUGUCCAUGGCUCCUCUGAAUCCUGUAUCUGGACAGCCUGUGCAGGUUAAUUGCACAGUUACUGCUGUUUACUGCAGUCUUGAGUACAAAGUGGACAUCAAACUAUUUCGAGAGGACGAGUUGAGUGGGCCAAUGUAUGAGUUGUGUGAUGAAUCCAUCUUUUGCGACCACACCCUGUCGGCUACAGAUCGAACGGGAGGAAAGAGAGUUAACUACAGAUGUUUGGCAGAGUUCACAGAUUUUAUUCAUACUAUUAAUAAAACUGCAAAUGCAACAUUACAUUUUCAAGACACUGGAGUAGUGGAAUCUAAGCAGGAUACCAGCCCAACUUUGGCAUCUUUGACUAGUAGAGCUGCAACAACUAUGGCCCCAAUAACUGACACAUCUCCAGUGGAAAGUGCUAUUACUAGGGAGCCUAAUCGUCCUGAUGGCACUCCAGUCUCUUCAAAAGAACAGGCUACUUCAUCUCAACCAAUAACCAAGUCAUCCCAAUUGGAAGGUUCAACUACACAGACUCAAGACUCCAGAGAAAGCAACAUGGAGAAAGCCACGGAAGAGGUCUCCAAAUUCACCACUUCUAUCGUGGGAGCUUCUGCUACACUUUUGCUUUCUAUUGUGGGAAUAGUGGCCUACUUAUACAAGUAUGGAAGAAAGCUACCACCCUGUCUCAGAAGGUCCCAAAGAAAAGAAAACACAGAUAAAUUGAAGGAAGUGUUGUAGAAUUCAUAUCAGUUUGAUUCUUGAGAUUAAGUUUUGAUUUUUGGAUUUGGAUUAAUCAAAAAAUACUUGGAUUAUUCUCCAAACCUAUGUUAAAUGAGGUUUUAGCUAACCAUGUUUUGGAACUACCUCCUGGCUGUACAUUUUUUUGAUUAAUUGCGUGUUUUCUGGAUCAGUCAACACCACCAGACACAUAAAAAUGUCUAUACAAUUAUUUUGAAUUGAAUGAUCACAGAUAUUUUGUCUCUCAGCCAUUUACUUAUUUUUAAACUAUUGUAAUAUAAUGACACAUUUGAUGUAAUUUAGAAUAAAAAUAUUUAUGAAACAACAUAAAAUCAUAUAUUGUUGUACUAACAUUGUCCUGGUUAGUCUUUUAGUUAUUUACCCAAAGACAUUGUAUAUGGCGGACAUAUUUUGAUCUCAAGAAUCACUAAUAUGAAUUCAUGUCACAAUUGAUUAUUAUACAAUUACAUUAUGAAAUUCAUGAAGAAAUAUAUUUCCUGAAUAUAAUUCUUGUAAGCAUUAUUUGUCCUGUGAUACAUUUGACUAACUUGAAUCAAAUCAAAUGUAUAUU